AUGUACGAGAAAGACGGGAGGAUCCCAAUACAGAAGAUUCUGCAUCCGAAAUGUCUGGAUAAGGAAUUAAAUAUUCACCAGAGCCGCGCACUGGUGGCUGAGAACAAAGACAAGCGAACCCCAAAACAUAACAACAUCAUGGGAGCAGACAUUUUAAGUAAUAUUUUCCUUCUGACUCUCUUUACAUUCUAUUUCAUCGGUAUCCUUGCAAUCUUGAUUGGCGCACGACGAGAUUGGGGAAAAUGGGUGUGGAACCAUACCAUUGGUUACCCAAUCAACAUCAUAAUCGGGUUAUGGCAAGAAGGACAAAGAACACGAACGGAGGAGAGACGUCGACGUAAUCAAGUCUCACCAUUGAUCGAGUCCUUUGAAGCAGUUGUCCCUCGAUCCCCACCAACUGUGUACCAGGAUAGGCAAUGGCACCCAACAUUGUAUAUUCAUGGUCUCACUACAAGCGAGAUUAGCCAUGAGUACAAAUCACCGACGGAUGAAAUCGAAGAGAGCAAAGGACAUCAAAUCUGUUUUUCUGCUGUACAUCUAUCAUCUAUCCGAAUCAUGACCACUACAUCUGUCACCGUUAAACUUGCCACAGUCCUAGGGAUUGUCCUAGCUGUUGUCGUCAGCAGUGCGGUUUUUGCCUACAUUUGGAUUCAUAACCGGCUAUCACAGCAAUGGACCAGAUGGCCCCAGCAACUUUUGGACAGUGGAGAUGAUUCCGAUGACAACAUGUACAUUCCUUGGGGACACAGCGAGCGACGACUGUCAUGUCGAUCGAAACUGUAUGGAUCCAUUCCAAUCAGGCUUGAUAUCUUGCAAGACCAAGUUCGUGAACCUCCUCGAACAGUGAAGAGACCUCCUAGCGAUGAGUCUUUGGGAGAGAGGGGUUGCACUAAUGAUGAUCUGGACUCUGAUCGUCUACGAGAUCAAAUCAACCUUCUUCCCUUCACUGUCUUGCAUGAAAAGACAUGGCUUGGGGAAGUAGCGAGCAAGUAA